CUUGCUGCUAUGUCAAAGUUAUGUUCUCGCGCGUUGUUGCACGUGUAGUUGUGCGCUGUCGCUUUGUGAGUCAGCAGAAAGAGAAGGGAGUCUUUUCUAGUACCUUGCAGCGGUUGUUGUCAGUGAGUACCGUCGGGAACGGCGAAAUAAAACCGCAGACCGCGCGAGCACACGAUCACGGAACGAGCGAGACGAUGUCGAGCGAGGAGAAAAAGCCGUUUCGCCGUCUGCCAUUGUUUGUUCGCCCUUAUCACUACGAAAUCACUCUGACGCCAAAUCUUAAGGCCUUUACCUUCGACGGCACGGAGAAUGUGCAUCUCAACGUGGAGAGCUCAACUGGAAUCAUUGUAUUGAAUUCUUUGGAAAUUGAUAUAAAGAGUGCAGUUUUUCAUGGAAAUGAUGGCAAAACUAUUCCAGCCAAGAAAAUUGAAUUAUCAGCAUCAGAAGAAACAGCCAUGCUGGUGUUUCCUGAGGCUUUGCCACUUGGUAAAAGUGGGUACUUGAACAUAGAAUUUGUGGGAGAGAUUAAUGAUAAAAUGAAGGGCUUCUACAGGAGCAAAUACAGCAGAGAGGAUGGUACAAUUGAGCAUUCGGCGGUUACUCAGUUUGAACCAACAGAUGCUAGACGUUGCUUUCCAUGCUGGGAUGAACCGGCGCUCAAAGCCACGUUUGACAUUACACUAAAAGUACCAAUUGGUCUUACUGCUCUUUCCAAUAUGCCUGUGAAAAACAAAGUUACAAAUGGUAACUACGAAACAUUGACUUUUGAAAGAACACCUAUUAUGUCGACGUACUUAGUAGCCGUAGUGGUGGGCGAUUUUGAUUACAUAGAGGACACGUCUAGUGACGGUGUGUUAGUUCGAGUUUAUGUGCCCAAAGGAAAAAAGGAACAGGGUCAAUUUGCACUGGAAGUCGCUACCAAGGUGCUGCCUUAUUACAAGACUUACUUUGGUAUUGCAUAUCCGCUACCGAAGAUCGAUCUCAUAGCAAUCGCUGAUUUUUCGUCAGGCGCAAUGGAAAAUUGGGGUCUAGUGACCUACCGCGAGACCUGUCUUUUAGUAGAUCCGCAAAACACGUCAGCAGUGCGCAAACAGUGGAUCGCUCUGAUAGUAGCACACGAGCUGGCGCAUCAGUGGUUCGGCAACCUCGUAACAAUGGAAUGGUGGACGCAUUUAUGGUUGAACGAAGGCUACGCAUCUUUCGUAGAGUUUCUCUGUGUCGCACAUCUAUUUCCAGAAUAUGAUAUUUGGACGCAAUUUGUUACGGAUACGCAUAUUCGAGCGCUGGAACUGGAUGCUCUGAAGAACAGCCAUCCGAUCGAAGUGCCAGUCGGUCAUCCCUCGGAGAUCGACGAGAUCUUCGACGAUAUUUCGUAUCACAAGGGCGCUUCCGUAAUUCGUAUGUUGCACGCGUACAUAGGCGAUGACGACUUCAGAAAGGGUAUGAAUCUGUACUUGAAGAAACACAGCUAUGCCAACGCAGAGACUGAAGAUCUUUGGGCCGCACUGGAAGAAGCCAGUAAUAAAGCUGUGCGUAAAGUAAUGUCAUCAUGGACCAAGAGACAAGGUUUCCCCGUCGUCAAAGUCGAUCAUCGUCACGAAAACAACGUAAGAAUCUUGUCGUUAUCUCAAGAAAGAUUUCUGGCUGACGGAUCGGUUGAUACCGAAGCGGAUGAUGCGUGGCUCAUACCGAUAAGCAUAAGCUCGUCAAAAGAUCCGAGCAAAGCGGUAUACGACGGCAUAUUAGACGCGAAAACCAAGGAAUUCGUGAUCGAAGAUAUUCCCGAGGGCGCUUGGCUGAAGAUCAAUCCCGGUACAAUUGGCUUCUACCGAACUCGUUACAGCCAGUCCGCUCUGUCAUUACUGUUACCCGGGAUCAAGGACCACACAUUGCCUCCUCUAGAUAGACUCGGUCUGCUGGACGAUCUUUUCGCAAUGGUACAAGCGAGUCAUGCGUCUACCGUAGAAGUGCUCGAGCUCAUGCAGGCGUUUCAACAUGAGGACAAUUACACUGUGUGGUCUACCAUAGUAAACACUCUGAGCAAAAUCGGCACUCUCAUUUCGCACUUAGAUUUCGAGGAUUCCUUCAAAGCGUUCGGACGCAAUCUGUUUCGCGAUGUCAACAGCAGGCUAGGUUGGGAUCCUAAGCCGAACGAGAGUCAUUUGGACACGUUACUGAGAACUCUCGUGUUAGGUCGUAUGGCAGCUCUGAACGAUCAGGAUACCAUUGAGGAAGCGAAGAAGAGAUUCGAGCUUCAUGUGAACGGCACAACUGCGCUCGCCGCCGAUCUGCGCAGUCCGGUUUAUCGAGCUGUGCUUUCCGUGGGCGACGCCAAAACUUACGAGACCAUGAUCAAACUGUACAAAGACGCCGACUUGCAAGAAGAGAAAGAGCGUAUUUUACGGGCGCUCGGUGCGAUCAAGGACGAGUCUUUGCUGAGAGAGGUUCUGGACUUCGCCAUGAGCGAGGAGGUCCGAGCACAGGAUACCGUGUUCGCCAUCAUGUCGGUAGGUCUGUCGUAUAAGGGUCGUCUGAUGGCGUGGAAUUUCUUCAAAGAAAAAUGGAAGACGCUGUUGGAUCGUUACGAAGGCGGUUUCUUGUUGGCCCGGCUAGUAAAGUUCACCACGGAGAACUUUGUUACCGAGGAACAAGCCAAAGAUGUGGAGAAUUUCUUCAAGAGUCACCCGACUCCGGGCACUGAGAGAACGGUGCAACAAUGCGUGGAGUCCAUUAGGCUGAAUGUCGCGUGGCUCGCCCGGGACAAGGACUUGAUCAGAGAUUAUCUGACCACUCAGGUCUAGUAAACGCAGUUUGUUUUCCUUAUCUUAUUUUGAUAAAUCAAUUGGACAUCGGCAUAAUUUGGAAUUGCGUGUGAACUGGUUUGUAUUCUUUAUAGCACGAAGGUUUCACGCAAUAUUGCUUGAUAUUGUGAAGAGCAAAAUCAGUUACAUAUACGGUUUCUCGUUUCACUUCCAAUUGUGAUCACGAGAACGAUAAUUCAAUACGAAUCAUGUGUAUCACGCACGCUUGGCGUAUAAAAAAAAAAAAAAAAGAAAAAAAGAAAAAAAAAAGAAAAACAAAUUCGUAAUAUUAAUUGAAAAACCUCUAUUGCGCGAGAACGAGUAGAAAUAUCGUUUUUGUACACACUUACCUCAUCGACGAGUCAUCUUGAUACACUAUGUUUUUUUUACAGUGUUCUUACUCGUUUACUGGUUUUGUAGAUUAGUUCGUCAUAGAGGGGAUGGCAUUUACAACAAUUUAUUUUGGAUGUUUUGUCACUGGAGAUAAAAGUUGAAAUUUAUUGUAUACAACAAACUGUUAUAUAUUAUGCAACUGUUACAGCUUUUAUUUUUGAUGACAUACCGCAGUAAAAUAUAUUUAAAACAUGAUUUAGAAUUUAUUAAUUGAAAGGUCGAUCAUUUCUAAAAGUUGUAUCAGCAGUAUUUAUGGGGUAAUUACACAAUGCGAAUGUUUUUUUCUAUUCUUUUAUUAAAAAGGAAUACUCUUAUAUUUGUGAUGAUAAAAAAUUAUUCUUUCUGAUGAUAGAAAUAAACACAAUUCAAACUAAUCUACCACAGCUGAUAAAUUAUUUCAAUACAAAUAACACACUUUUUUUAAGUUAUAUUUUUUAUAUCUUACUGAUAUAUGAUAUAGGAGUGUAAACUCGAUCCCGUCGAUAUUUUACAAGAGAGUCCACAAAAAAAUUUGACACUGUUUCAAAUAAAAGUUAUGUGCAAUUUUUUAAUA